GGAGCCACUGUAUCUGCACUCCUGGGCUUUUCUUACAUCCUUUUCCUCAAAAUGAGUGUCAGUAUCACCUUCUUAAGACCUUUUACAAGAGUUUUGGUGCCAUUCACCCUUCCUAGGAAGAGAAGGGUUUUAUAUACAACAAUUCUGCAGAGAUAUAUGUCUUCCAAAAUUCCAGCUGUGUCUAAUCCUAGUAAGGAGAGUACAUCAUCUUCUGAACAGCUGGAGUUGGAUGGGUGGAAAAUCACAAUGAAAUCUAGUGUACAAGAAGAGGGUGUUUCAACAUUCUCAAGUAACAAGGAUGAAGAUCCUCUAGCUGCCACCAGGGAGUUAAUUGAGAUGUGGAGAUUGCUUGGCAAAGAGGUACCAGAACACAUCAGCGAAGAAGAGCUCAAAACCAUUAUGGAAUGUGUUUCUAAAUCAUCCAAAAAAAAAUAUUUAAAAUAUUUAUAUAUUAGGGAAAAAAUGAAAAAAGCCAAGCAAAUAAAAAAGGAAAUGAAAGUAGCAGCAAAAGAACAAGUAAACAAAGAUCAGCUACCAGAAACUACUAAGGAAAAUAAACAGCAAAACUUUCUAUUUCUACGACUCUGGGAUAGGAAUAUGGACAUUGCAAUGGGCUGGAAAGGUGCCCAGGCCAUGCAGUUUGGACAGCCUUUGGUUUUUGACAUGGCUUAUGAUGACUGUAUGAAACCAAAAGAACUACAAAAUGCUGUUUCCCAACUUUUAGAAAGUGAAGGAUGGAACAGAAGAGAUGUUGAUCCUUUCCAUAUUUAUUUCUGCAAUCUUAAAACUGAUGGUGCUUACUAUAGAGAGUUAGUUAAACGUUAUGGAGAAAAGUGGAACAAAUUGCUUUUAACAGCAACAGAAAAGUCUCAUGUUGAUUUAUUUCCAAAGGACAGUAUCAUAUACUUAACUGCAGAUUCUCCCAAUGUUAUGACUACUUUUAAGCAUGACAAAAUUUAUAUAGUGGGAUCUUUUGUUGAUAAGAAUAUGCAGCCAGGUGCAUCCCUAGCCAAAGCAAAACGGCUGAAGCUGGCAACAGAAUGCCUUCCAUUAGAUAAAUAUUUACAGUGGGACACUGGUACCAAAAAUCUCACCUUAGAUCAAAUGAUACGUAUUUUGUUAUGUCUAAAAAACACUGGUAGUUGGGAAGAGGCUCUGAAGUUUGUUCCUAGGAGAAAACAUACUGGUUAUCUGGAGAUUUCUCAGCAUUCUCAAGAGUUUGUUAACAGAUUGAAGAAGUCAAAGACUUUCAGUUCAUUUCCACGAGGUUCUGUAAAUAGACGUUCACAGAAAAGUUAGCUUGAAUGAGAAUAUUUGAUAGCUUAAAAAGUAAUUGGGUUAGGAAUACAGUUCUAUUGGUAUAUUUCAUCCUGAAUGAAAUUUACUUGCUCUUUCUUUUAAAGCUUGUCUUUCCAAACUCACUGAAAUAUUGUGGUUUUUUUUCCGAUUAAUUGAAUAUCUGCAAAACAAAUAUAUUUUAUUUACUAUAAAAAGAAGCAAUAAUCUUAGAGAGUAAAGAGUUGUCCAUGUUUUUGAGCCUGGUAAACAAUUGUA